GUUCUUAACGUCCCCGACAGAAGAGUAGGCUCGAGGAGCCAGGCGCAGCCUGAGCUGUGGGGCCCGCUGCUGGAGACGGCAGCAGCUCCUGCCCAUCAGAAGGCCAGGUGCGUGUGAGCUGUGCCCAGGGGUGUCCUGCGCCCCGGCGCCCUGCGGGCUCUAACAACUGGGAACCCCCCGGGGGAACUGGGCCCAGGGCUCAGGUGGAGCGGCCGAUGCCCCGGACUGAAAGGUGAGACCACGCUUGUAAGGCUGGGACAAGACCUUGCACCUCCAGUCCUGGGCCGAGACGACAGGGGAGCCGCCAAGAUGCCGGAGGAAAAUAUCUUCCUGUUCGUGCCUAACCUUAUCGGUUAUGCUCGGAUUGUCUUCUCCAUCAUUUCCUUCUACUUUAUGCCCUGCUGCCCCUUCACGGCCUCCUCCUUCUAUCUACUCAGCGGACUUCUAGACGCUUUCGAUGGACACGCAGCUCGAGCCCUUAAUCAAGGAACCCGAUUCGGGGCCAUGCUCGCCAUGCUGACGGACCGUUGUGCCACCAUGUGUCUCUUGGUCAACCUGGCCCUGCUAUACCCUCGAGCCACUCUUCUCUUCCAGCUCAGCAUGAGCUUGGACGUGGCCAGUCAUUGGCUGCACCUGCACAGUUCUGUAGUUCGAGGCAGUGAGAGUCACAAAAUGAUCGACCUGUCUGGGAAUCCUGUGCUUCGGAUCUACUAUACCUUUAGGCCUGCUCUGUUCACCCUGGUGUGCUGGAAAUGA